AGUAAUUUAUCACAUUAACAUUUACAUAAUUAAAGCAUGUAAUUACAGCAUACCUCUGUGUGUUGUGAAUGAAUACAUCUCAAGCAUCUCGAACAACUGAUGCAUCUAAAAAAAAACCGAAAAAAACACUCAACCCUGAUGAUACUUCAGGGUUGGGUGUUUCACCCACGCGGUGCAUAUUUCCUCAUUCCUUCACAUUUAUGGUUCUUUAAAUUUGUGAAUGGGUGUAACCAGCUUGUAUGUCUGGAAGCUCAGACAAACCUUUCUAACAUUGCAGACAGAGACACAUGUUGGCUGUGCAUGAAACUGAGAGCUGAAAUGGCAGAGCUAGAAUUUCAGAACGACGAAACAAAAUUAUGCUGUUCGAUUUGUUUGGAUAUACUAAAGGAUCCCACAACUAUUCCCUGUGGACACAACUACUGCAUGAACUGUAUUAAAGCCCACUGGGAUGCAGAAGAUACAAAGCAAGCUCACAGCUGCCCUCAGUGCAGACAGACUUUCACACCGAGGCCUUUCUUGAUGAAAAACACCAUGUUAGCUGAGUUGGUAGAAGAGCUGAAGAGGAUUAGGCUUCAAGAUGCCCCUGAUGAUGAUCACUGCUAUGCUGGGCCUGAAGAUGUGGCCUGUGAUGUCUGCACUGGAAGAAAAAUGAAAGCCUUCAAGUCCUGUUUAUGCUGUCUGGCAUCUUACUGUGAGAAACACCUUCAGCCUCAUUAUGAUGUGGUUCCAUUAAAGAAACACAAGCUGGUGGAGCCCUCCAAGAAGCUCCAGGAGAACAUCUGCUCUCGUCAUGAUGAGGUGAUGAAGAUGUUCUGCUGUACUGAUCAGCAGAGUAUCUGUUAUCUCUGCUCUGUGGAUGAACAUAAAGGCCACGACACAGUCUCAGCUGCAGCAGAAAGGACUGAGAGGCAGAGAGAGCUGGAGGUGAGUCGACAAAACAUCCAGCAGAGAAUCCAGGACAGAGAGAAAGAUGUGAAGCUGCUUCAACAGGAGGUGGAGGCCAUCAAUCAGUCUGCUGAUCAAACAGUGGAGCACAGUGAGAAGAUCUUCACUGAGCUGAUCCAUCUCAUCCAGAACAGAAGCUCUGAUGUGAAGCAGCAGAUCAGAUCCCAGCAGGAAACUGAAGUGAGUCGAGUCAAAGAGCUUGAGGAGAAGCUGGAGCAGGAGAUCACUGAGCUGAAGAGGAAAGAUGCUGAGCUGAAGCAGCUCUCACACACAGAGGAUCACAUCCAGUUUCUACACAACUACCCCUCACUGUCAGCACUCAGUGAGUCUACAGACUCAUCCAGCAUCAAUAUCCGUCCUCUGAGGUACUUUGAGGAUGUGACAGCAGCUGUGUCAGAGGUCAGAGAUAAACUACAGGACAUUCUGAGAGAGGAAUGGACAAACAUCUCACUGACAGUCACUGAAGUGGAUGUUUCACUGUCAGAUCCACCAGAGCCAAAGACCAGAGCUGAAUUCUUAAAAUAUUCAUGUGAAAUCACACUGGAUCCAAACACAGCACACAAACAGCUGUUAUUAUCAGAGGGGAACAGAAAAGCAACAGCAGUGAAACAACAACAAUCUUAUUCUGAUCAUUCAGACAGAUUCGCUAUAAUGUGGCAGGUCCUGAGUAGAGAGAGUCUGACUGGACGUUGUUACUGGGAGGUGGAGUGGAGAGUGAAUGGAGCUUAUGUAGCAGUCGCAUACAAGAAUAUCAGCAGAGCAGGGAGUGGGAAUGAAUGUAGAUUUGGACGUAAUGAAAAGUCCUGGGCACUAGACUGCUUCAAAAACAGUUAUACAUUUUGGUACAACAACAUCCAAACUCGUGUCUCAGGUCCUCGUUCCUCCAGAGUAGGAGUGUACCUGGAUCACAGAGCAGGUAUUUUGUCCUUCUACAGCGUCUCUGAAACCAUGACUCUCCUCCACAGAGUCCAGACCACAUUCACUCAGCCGCUCUGUGCUGGACUUUGGCUUCACUGCUUUGGAAACACUGCUAAGUUUUGUAAACUGAAACAGACAUGUUUUUGAUACAGGAGCUGGCUUACAUCUGUAUAUUAUUAUUAUUACUUUCUGUCUGUAAAUUAUCACAAUCACUGUUGUAGCAUUUCUGCACUGUACUAGAUGACUUUUAUUUAGAAAGUAUUUUUCCACAAAAAAGUAUAAAUGUAUGUGAUUGUAUUUGUAUGUAUUUAAGUGGAAUUUAUUUAUUUGAUCUUAUUUAGUUAUUGUUUUUUUGGUUUUUGUUUUCCAAUUCAUGGGCUGGGACAGAGACAAUACAAGACCUUCCUGUAUAUAUAUUUGUAAAGAAAUGAAUUAUUUAUAUGAAUAUAUACUCAUUUUGAAUUUUAUGCCAGCAACAGCUUUAAAUCUUCUUUUAAAUAUAAUAUUUAAGAGUUUGCUCUUUAAAACUGAGGACAGUAUUUGUGUCCAAAGAAUAUUUUCUCAGGUGGUUUAUCAA